GUAGCGGGGCCGGAGCGGGCGGUGAGAAGAGCGCGGGCCAGGCCGAGCGGAGGGGCCCUCCCACAGCCCCUCAACAUUACGGACUCUUCGCCCCCGAGUGUCGAAGCUGCACCCCCGCGCUUCGUUGGAACGCCUUCCGUAACCCGCUAAGGGCUCUCUCCCUCGUGACCUCCCACCCUAGUGACCUCCUGAUAGGACCCAGGAGCGCACUCAGCCGAGGGUGUUGUGGGUACCGGCCAUCGACCCUGUGACCCCUCACGGGCCAGGGGCUCGGUUUUCCCCACAGGCCUCCCUCCCCUAUGACUCCCUCCUCACAGAUUCUGAAAACAGAGCCGUGACCUACUACUAGGACCCCCGCCUGAGAUCUCCUCACUGAAGGGUCCUCCUUGGAGCCCCCCCUCAGUGGGUUUCCUCCUAAGAGCACUCCUUUUGGUUUCCGGCAAGCCCUUCACCCCCAAUCGAGGUGGGGAGGCCUUGGCAGCCAUGCCCACCUUGGGUCCCCUGUCACCACACUACUUCCUGGGCACCCAAGCCGGGGUCUAGCAAGGCGGCCAGCAGCCAAGGGGCUGGGGCAGGAGACAGGUCAGGGUCCACCUCCCUGCUGGGGAGGGUGCAAAGAUGGACCGGCGGGAGGAGCAGCCGGGGGCUGCAGGGGCUGGAGCAGCACCAGCCUUGGACUUCACUGUGGAGAACGUGGAGAAGGCGCUGCACCAGCUCUACUACGACCCCAACAUUGAGAACAAGAACCUGGCUCAGAAGUGGCUGAUGCAGGCCCAGGUCUCUCCACAGGCCUGGCACUUCAGCUGGCAGUUACUACAGCCUGACAAGGUGCCUGAGAUCCAGUACUUUGGGGCCAGUGCCCUGCACAUCAAGAUCUCUCGCUAUUGGAGUGACAUCCCCACUGACCAGUAUGAAAGUCUAAAGGCACAGCUCUUCACCCAGAUCACCCGCUUUGCCAGUGGUUCCAAGAUCGUGCUGACUCGACUAUGUGUGGCGCUGGCCUCGCUGGCUCUCAGUAUGAUGCCUGAUGCUUGGCCUUGUGCUGUGGCAGAUAUGGUACGACUCUUCCAGGCUGACGACUCACCAGUGGAUGGCCAGGGUCGCUGCCUGGCUCUGCUAGAGCUGCUGACAGUGCUGCCUGAGGAAUUUCAGACCAGUCGCCUGCCCCAGUAUCGCAAAGGCCUGGUGCGGGCCAGCCUAGCUGUGGAGUGUGGGGCUGUCUUCCCAUUGCUGGAGCAACUGCUGCAGCAGCCCAGCUCACCCAGCUGUGUGCGUCAGAAGGUACUCAAGUGCUUUUCCAGCUGGGUGCAGCUGGAGGUGCCACUGCAGGACUGCGAGGCGCUCAUUCAGGCUGCCUUCACUGCUCUGCAGGACUCGGAGCUCUUCGACAGCAGUGUGGAGGCCAUUGUCAAUGCCAUCUCACAGCCUGAUGCCCAGAGAGUUCUCCCGGAGGUCUCUGAUCUAAGGUUCUUCCCAACAUGGGCAGCUGCUGUGUAUGUGAACACACUCCUGAAACUCAUCCCACUGGUGCUGGGACUGCAGGAUCAACUACGUCAGGCAGUGCAGAAUGGGGACAUGGAGACCUCCCAUGGCAUCUGUCGCAUUGCUGUGGCCCUGGGUGAGAACCACUCUCGGGCCUUGCUGGACCAAGUGGAGCACUGGCAGAGCUUCCUGGCCCUUGUCAACAUGAUCAUGUUCUGCACGGGUAUCCCUGGUCACUAUCCUGUCAAUGAGACUACCAGCUCCCUAACCCUCACCUUCUGGUACACACUGCAGGAUGACAUUCUGUCCUUUGAGGCAGAGAAGCAGGCUGUGUACCAGCAGGUGUACCGGCCAGUCUACUUCCAACUGGUGGAUGUGCUUCUGCACAAGGCCCAGUUCCCUUCUGAUGAGGAAUAUGGAUUCUGGUCCUCAGACGAGAAGGAGCAGUUCCGAAUUUACAGGGUGGACAUCUCAGACACGCUCAUGUAUGUUUAUGAAAUGCUGGGAGCCGAGCUGCUCAGCAACCUCUAUGACAAGCUGGGCCGUUUGCUCACCAGCUCAGAGGAGCCCUACUCCUGGCAGCACACAGAAGCCCUGCUCUAUGGCUUCCAAUCCAUCGCAGAAACCAUUGAUGUCAACUAUUCUGAUGUGGUACCUGGGCUCAUUGGCCUCAUCCCACGGAUCAGCAUCAGCAACGUGCAGCUGGCGGAUACCGUCAUGUUCACCAUUGGAGCUCUUUCUGAAUGGCUGGCUGACCACCCCGUCAUGAUCAACAGCGUUCUUCCCCUCGUACUACACGCCCUAGGCAAUCCUGAGCUCUCUGUCUCUUCUGUGUCCACCCUCAAGAAGAUCUGUCGAGAAUGCAAGUAUGAUCUGCCGCCCUAUGCUGCCAACAUCGUGGCUGUCUCCCAGGAUGUGCUAAUGAAACAGAUCCACAAGACAAGUCAGUGCAUGUGGCUGAUGCAGGCACUGGGCUUCCUGCUGUCAGCCCUGCAGGUGGAGGAGAUCCUUAAGAACCUGCACUCGCUCAUCUCACCCUAUAUCCAGCAGCUGGAGAAGCUGGCAGAGGAGAUACCUAAUCCCUCCAACAAGCUGGCCAUUGUCCAUAUCUUGGGGCUUCUCUCCAACCUCUUCACCACGCUGGACGUCAGUCAUCAUGAGGAUGAUCAUGAAGGCUCUGAGCUCCGGAAGCUGCCAGUGCCACAGGGACCCAACCCCGUGGUAGUGGUGCUGCAGCAGGUCUUCCAGCUUAUCCAGAAGGUGCUGAGCAAAUGGCUGAAUGAUGCCCAGGUGGUGGAGGCGGUGUGCGCUAUUUUCGAGAAGUCAGUUAAGACGCUGUUGGAUGACUUUGCCCCCAUGGUGCCACAGCUGUGUGAGAUGCUGGGUCGGAUGUACAGCACUAUCCCCCAGGCCUCUGCUCUUGACCUCACUCGACAGCUGGUCCACAUCUUUGCUCAUGAGCCUGUCCACUUUCCCCCAAUUGAGGCCCUCUUCCUGCUCGUCACCUCCGUCACACUCACUCUCUUCCAGCAAGGGCCCAGGGAUCAUCCUGAUAUUGUUGAUUCAUUUAUGCAACUCCUGGCACAGGCUCUGAAGCGGAAGCCAGAUUUGUUCCUGUGUGAACGGUUGGAUGUCAAAGCUGUGUUCCAGUGUGCUGUGCUGGCCCUCAAGUUCCCUGAGGCACCUACUGUCAAGGCCUCCUGUGGAUUCUUUACAGAGCUACUGCCUCGAUGUGGGGAGGUAGAACCCGUGGGAAAGGUAGUACAAGAGGAUGGCCGUAUGCUGCUCAUAGCAGUGCUGGAGGCCAUUGGGGGCCAGGCCUCCCGCAGCCUCAUGGACUGCUUUGCCGACAUCCUAUUUGCUCUGAACAAACACUGCUUCAGCCUCCUGAGCAUGUGGAUCAAGGAGGCACUGCAACCUCCUGGUUUUCCUUCUGCCCGCCUCAGCCCUGAACAGAAGGACACCUUCAGCCAGCAGAUCCUUCGCGAGCGAGUGAACAAGAGGCGGGUAAAGGAGAUGGUGAAGGAGUUCACACUGCUGUGCCGGGGGCUACAUGGCACAGACUACACAGCUGACUACUGAGGGGCGUUCCCGUCCCACCCACACCUCCUCCUCACUCCUUCCUAUUCCCAAAGAGUAAACCUGGACCCUUACUGCACUGUUGUCUCUGCUUCCUUUCUACUGCCAUCACCACCACUUACCCAGAAGGCCUAGGGUAAGGAUAGGAGGAUGCUUGGACCCAGCCCUUGGUAGGGAGUGGUGGAGCCAACCUCUAGCUCCUAGAGUGGAAAGGGUACUGCUGGAGCUGCUCCUAGGCUGGAGCCAUUCCGAAUACUGCCAUUGCCCUUGGGUUGGAGCAGGGAUUGCAGUAGUAUCAGCACCACACCCCUUUAAUUU